GUUGGCUCGUGAGCUGUCCACGUUCAGAAACUUCCUUUCUCGCUGGUUAAUGCAGCCCACAGCUGUGCCUGUCUCCCUCCACUGGACCCCGCAGCCCUCUGCAUCCCUGGGAGCGGCAGGGUUCUGUUGGUGUGAGCGCCUCCCUGGCUGAAGAUGGCAAGUUGGGAAUGCCGGGUUGCUCCAGGCCGAGGCUUCCUCCUGCUCUGCAUUUUGACUCUGCAUCUUAGCUCUUGGAAUCCUCUUGAAUCAGCAGAGACGAGCCCUCCUCCUGCCGUGUCUUUCUUCGAUACCACCCCCUCUGUUCCAGAGACUUCCCCUAUUUCCAGCACAUGUAUGGUCUCCAACUACUCUGCUAAUGGGACAGAAGACACACCUAUCACCUGCCAGAGUUUUCAGUGCUCUGGAGAGAGAUGCUACGAGGAGGAAGCUUAUGCCAAUGACACCGCGACCUGCCACAAUGAGUCUCACUGUGAGCUCUAUCGUCUCAACAGCACAAACUACACAGCCAAGUGCAGCAGCGAGUGUGGGAGCGAGAAUGGCACCGAGAUGUGUGUGACCAACGGCAGCGUGAGCAUGAGCAAGUGCAUCCUGGAGUGCUGCAACUCAUCCCAGUGCCUGCAACUCAAUGCCACCGCCUACGGUGACUUGCCGCCCACCACCACUCCAGCUCCCACAACUACCACCAUGAAGCCCCCUCCCAGGAAUGGGAAAGUGUGCACAACCUUCUCCUGUAAGGGAGCUGGAUGCUUCAAAGGCCAGAAGUCUGUUGCUGAAUGCAUCGUUGGAUACAACUUCUGUGAGAUGAAGAAGACUGGCUCAAAUUACGUGGCUGGAUGUAGCAAAGUCUGCAAGACCGCCAGCCCAGUCUGUGCCAGAGGAGCAGCAGCCCUCUGUUACCAGGAAUGCUGCCAAGCUACCCCUAAAACUAGCUGCCUGAAACUGGAUGGCAACGUGCACUUCAAUGGCGCUGGGCAGGUGGCUCUGGCCCCACUCCUGAAACUCCUGGCCUGUGGUGUGGGUCUUGUCAUGCAUUACAGUCUCUCCACUUUCCUUCAGGGUUAAGCAAUGACCCUCUGAGCUCCGUAGGCUGACUAGGGAAGGAUUCAGGGGCAUACACUAUAUUGGCUAAAACUGGCUCAAGAUCUAGGGUUUCUGUACCUCUUAAAUUCAGCUAAGGCUGGCUAGAAAAUUCCAUCUAUUGAAUCAGCAUCACAGGAAGGGAGGUCGCUGGAAACCGCAGGCCUUCUCCUCUCUGUGUGGGCCUGGCUAGCCCCACGGAAGUUAGUGGCUAGCACCCAUGGGUGUUUGUGAAAUACAGACCCCAGUGAGUGCAGCUGACUGAACUAGUAGGGUGUGUCUACGCUGCAGUAAAACACCACUGCUGGCCCCUGUCAGAUGACUCCAGGACCUGGGAGGUGGGAGGGUCCUAGAGCCUGGGCUUCAGCCUAAGCCCAGUCUCUACACUGAAUUUUACAGUCCCGCACCUUGAGUCCCAUGAGCCUGAGUCAGCUGACACGGACCAGCCACAGGUGUCCUACUACAGUGUAGACAGACCCUUAGUCUCUCCCAUGUGGAUUCUCCAAUUUGAUCCAGGGGAGGGUGGAAACUAGUGGCCAUGGGGAUGGAUGUGGGGCUCCCGGACCUGGGGAGAGGGGAGGCAUUGUGCCACAUGCUUCCUUCUAGCCACAGGAGUGAUGUCAGCUGCUCGCUGGACUGACUCCUGAGUGCGCUGUCUGUGCAGAACGGAUUAGGAGCUGGCUAGCUGCUGAGGGGCAGCCCACAGUGAACCCCCCUCCCUUCUGAGCACCAGCACCUCUUCCUGACUCUGGGGGUACAGAGGGCAAGCUCCAGCCACUAGGGGACUCUGUGAAUUACUCUGCCACCGUUCACGCCUCUUGUUUGUAUGUAAAGCAGCUGUCUGUGUAGCAGGGACGGUGUCCGAGGGAAAUCACAGUCCUCUGCUGCACACACCCCAGCCCUCCCCCAUGGAAGGAAAACACUGUAAUGGGAGUAUCCGAGCAGGGAGAGCUUUCCAUUAUGCUAAGGUGCCUCUGCUAACCAAGGGAACAUGCUGCUAGAGGGGGCAAGGCAGGACUUGGGGCUGGUCUACACUGGGCGCUUACACUGGCAUAGCUACGUCUCUCAGGGAUGUGAAAAACACCUCUGGGAGACGUAGCUCUGCCGACUUAACCCCUGUGUAGAAAAUGCUAGGUCGCUGGAAGAGUCCUUCCCUCAACCAUAACUGCUGUCUCUCGGGGAGGCGGAGACCCCUCCCGUUGGCAUAGCUAGUGUCUGCACGGGUUCCUAACCCAAGAGCUGCCCUAGCCAGUAAACCAACCGGCCUGAGCUGCUGGCUGAAAUCACUGGCAUCUUCCUAACGGCCAAGCUUGUAGAACCUCCUGUCUUAACAUCUCCUGAGGCGAGGCCGGUCUCCCAGCUUCCUGGUAAACGCUGCCCCACAUCAGGGACUAAUCAAUGGCCCCGCUGACCCCUGAAGGUGGUAGUUCCCCAGUUCCCCUAGCUGUACGUAUUCACCACCCUCCAUAGGCCAGAGAGCACAAGUCUGACCUUAACUUGGUCUGAGGUGGCAGCCGCGCUGCUGACAGUCACUGGCCCAGCUGACUUGAAUGUUGGCUGGUAUUAGUGUAUCUGAUUCUUUGAUUGAUUGAAGUUAGCUCGUAGGAGUAGUUCUGAAUAGCAAUAGGUUGCUGUUUCCAAGUUCCAUACACGACCUCUAAGCCUUAUUUUAACUUCCACGGUUAGUUUCUUUUUGGAACCUUGUGUUUUUAAUGAACCUUAAACCCCCAUGAUUGUGCCUCUCCCUGUGAAAUCCAAAGGGGAACAGAGCAGACACACAGCCUGUGCAUUAAGCAGGCUGCAAAGCUGCCCACUUCCCUGCCAAAAACCCGUAGGACUGUGUGACUUCAAACAAAGUGAAGCACCCUGGGGCUACGGCCGUGUGACUUUACUAGUCUGAGAUUUUGGAUUACCUGGAAUGAAUGACAUCCUACGUGGGCGGUGCGGAUAAUAAGCUGGGGAAUGCUGUGCCUCUCCAACAUCCCCGCGUGGCCCUGCCCAUGCUCUGCCCUGGGACCCCCUCCUGCUGCUAGUUGGCCCCAGCUCAGGCAGGCUGCUGCUCUUCUGGGAAGCCCACUGGGGCUAGGGCAGCUGGGACUUGGGGUGUCUGGGGCCACCCAGC